AUGGCGCCGCAGUAUCAAGUCAUCAUCACUGGAGAGCCUGAUAAGGCGACUGCAGAAAAGCGGCGCUUAGUCUAUCUGAGACCAUUCAUAUUAUUCUACUUGAAUUCCCUGUUUGCCGAAGUCAUAUUCUUGGCAGUCGGUGUCUUCAUCAUGACGGGGGCCCGCGACCUCAUCUACAAAAUACUCUGGACGCUAGUCUUUUGCCCUUUAGGAAUGGGCGGGGCCAUGGGUGGCAUCAUCAAUGUCUUCAUCGUUGAUCACUAUUACGGAACCAAGGCAGUCCAUUUUACCAGCAUCCUAUCGCUUCUGGUCCUGAGCAGCUGCAACUAUCUCUGCUACAAUCUCGACAAGCACUUUGGCUGGUUUGGGGCGGCAGAUCAUCCACUUUGGUUUCACUGGCGGUAUCCCAUGAUUUGGGCGGUUGGCUACUUCAAUGGCAAAUUACUCUUCACUGACGAGGGGCAAAAACGUCUAGCAAGAAUGGGUAUUUAG